CCCAUGUUCGCCAUUUUGGCUCUCGGAUGCAAAGGAAAUUCAAAAGUACCUCAUUGUAACUUUAAGAAACCCCAUGACGCAAUCUUUCAUACGGGGCUUUCUCAGCGACAGGAAGGCGGGACAAACGGCUAGCGUCACGUUAACUGAAUAUCCAGGCAGGUCCAGAGUUCGCAGUACUUGUGUCAAUCGUCAUCUUACAUGCGUGGCGAAGAUGGAAUCGGAGCGGCAUAUACGAAUAAUGGCAUGCCGUGGCGACCUUCUCCUCUUCCAGUGCAGACGUUCAAGUUCAACAGGCUCUGAGAUUGCAUUCUGGAAGAUGUCUUUCGAACGAGAUCUCGGCAGCUUCUUAAAUAAUGAGGACUGUAAAACAAUCAUGUAUAAAAACAGCUCCAGAGAAGUUGACAUAGUUCACUGCGCCUCUGCAGUGGAUCUCAAAACGAGACAGAAGGUACCGUGUGUUUUACUGAGGUUGAUCAAAAAGGGAUCUCAAGGCUUUAAGUACAUGCUUUACUCUUUAAACAAUCUGAGCAUUGCAAGUCUCCAUGUAGAGCUCACGGUGCCUUAUGAGAUGGUAGAUAACAUCUCAGUACUGAGUGGGCCCACACUGGUAUGGAGUCAUGGAAAAACUAUUUUCUACACAUCCCCACAGACUGGUGGGAUUAAGAACGUCCCUGUUCUUUUGAGUGCCAUCUUGAGUGAAGAGCUACCACUUUGGAAAAGAGAAUUAGUAGUUGUAGGUUCUGGAAUGCAUGCAUCAGAGGACAUGGGAAAGCAGGUGAAUGUCACUGAAGGAAAAACUCUCCUGUGCUUCUUGGAGGAUGGCAAAAUGUUUAGUGGAGCAUGUCUUUUGCCUGAUGCUUACAGCUCACUCAUCCAGUGCAUGGUCUUGCUGUCAGCUGAAGAUGUGGAUGGCCUCAUGCAAUCUACUGUGCUGGCAGCAACUUGCAGGAAACAGUUGCUGUGUUUUGUGAACGGCCUACCAGAAGAUAUGUGUCUUCUCCCUUAUGAAGAGCCUAAAAGCAUUGAAAUAGUUUACACUGGAGCCAGCAGAUGUCUGCUUGCUGUCAUUUUCAACCAUGGCAAUGUCUGCGUGGUGUGGAAAGAUACAUUUAAGGUCGCUGCAUGCUGGACAGGGGUCUCCUCACUGCUCGUGGACGACUUCGUGGGCUGUGGUUCAGAUCAGAUUCUGUUGCUGUUUGAUGAGUGUGAUUUGGUGGGAGAGUGCCCUGGAGAAUUCCUUCUCACAGACCUCUGCGGCAUCCAUUACUCAUGCGGAAGAACAGAUGAAGAAGCCAUAAAUCCGGGCAACCCAUCCCAGGAUAAUGUCCUUCUCACUGUGCAAGCUUUAGACUCUAGACUGCAGAGUGGCCUGGCCUUCCUACAGGAGCUCCAGAGAGAUCUGAGUGUUAAGGAUCAGGUUCUCCAGCAGUCUAUUAGAGCUCUUGCUGACCUGGUGUCGGACAGGGAACAUCUCCCAAGCACUCCGCAGCAGGUCCUUGUGGUUGAAAUCCUGCAUCUUACAUAUUUUACAUAUCCUAAAUGUCUUAAAUAUAUAGUUUACCUACAGUCCAUGGAUAAUAGCAGGGAUUAUUUUGGCCAUGUAUCUGGGAAUGUGAUGUCAGAUACUAUUAGAAUACCAAGACCUGCUUCUCCUCAAAUCUGCUUUGUGACAAUUAAAAUAAUUACUACAAGUAUAGACUUGAAUGCUGCACACUCUUUAACUAAGUUUAGUUUACUUAGAUCUUUACUGAUAACGAUCAGCCAGUAUCACUGUCACUACUUGUCAUCUUUAAAUGUUUCUCAGGAGGGGCUGGUGUCUCUCUGGGAUGAAGACGGUGAGGAAGAGAUGCAUGUUCUAAACAAGCAGAUGCAGACUGUGGUGGAGGAAUGUUCUCUGGUGCAGAGGGUGUGGUACAGAGUGGUUGGCAAUAGCCUUGUCUUUGGGCUUCUUCUGACACCAGCUACUGACGUAGUGGAAAAGAAGGUGACUGGUUCCAUUCUGUGGGAGCCGUGUGGUGGUGGAACGGCCCCUGCUGUAGUUCAGAGCUGGAGUAAGACCCUUUGGUACCCCCAGCCUUCCGCUCCCAGGGGGCCUCCAGCUGCUAAGAGAAGCAGGCCUCCUGGUGGACUGGAUGCCCAUCAGCCCCGGCAGCAGGUCCUGCUCACUGUCACUGAGGUCAUCCCACUGCUCAACUUUGCUACAGUCACCUGCUCCAUCUGGGUCCACUGUCCCUCCAGCGGAACAGAACAUGCAGGGCACCCGUGUUACCUGGUGAAUCUGGACAUGAAGGAGGUGCUUCAGGGGAAGCUCCACCCAUCACUUCUUAAGGACUGCAGUGCUGACUCGGAUAAGGCCAGAGAAGAUCUCAUGUGCCUGCUGGCAGUGUUAGACUCCUGGCUUCUGGAGAUCAACAGCUCUGGGCACACGGUCGUGGACGUGGGGGCGUGGCUGAAGGAGAGGCUCGGGGCCAAGCACGUGGAGGCCAAUCCCCAGUAUCUGCUGAACUGCUGCACAGGGUCCUCUGCUCCUAGACUUUUCCACUGGCAGGUCUGUGGGCCCUUCCAGGGGCUGCUGGGUAUUCACUGCAGCGACAAGUUGAGCAUGCUGCAGUUUUUGGACUCCCUCCGUAACUUUCUACCUGCCUCCCAUCACAUUGAGCUUCUUCCCACACCAGCUCCGCAAGGGACCGGCCAGGACCUUGUCCUCCGUCUGGAUAUGGAGAUGCAGACAAUAACAGACGGUGUGGCCUCUCUACUCCAGGAGGAUGAUGUGGAGGGAUUUGAUGGUGGGGGAAGGUGGGAUCCCACCUGCCUGGAACAACUGCAAAGUCAGAGGGAGGAAUGGCAGAGUGAGCGUGAGAGGAGCAGGAGGAGGCAGCGCCCCCUGGUGAACGCUGAGCACUACCGCAGCCUGGUGGAGAAGAUGAUUCAGUCACAACUGGAUGGGGACAUCAGUGCCCUGGUGCAGGCGCAGGCUGUCAGGGCUCAGUAAGCUAAUGACCAGCUGGCACUGGGUAGAGAAGGUGCCACUUGCCUUGAUUUGACUCAGUAUGGUCACAGUUAUGCUUAUCUCUUCUGUUGCAGUCUGUAAUCUUUUCACUGUAUUUGUAGAUUGUGCAGUUAAUGUUUAAUACAAGUACUAUUACAAUAUAUAUUUUUUUAACUACAGAAAACUGGUAAUCUGAAUUUAUAAUUUUUUCAAAAAAGGUGUAUUGACUAAGGUAAUUUUUUCCUGAUUUGUAAGUUUAAUAAAUAAGGACUAUGCUAUAUUUCUGAAGUUUAAAUAAAUCAUAAGCCUGC